CCUCGACAAGCAUAGAGCACGCGUCCUAGGACUAUGCCUCGCCACUAGUGCCGGGUUCAACUCUUUCGGUUUAAUAAGUGCACAACUAACAAACACGGAUUUCUCAGGAAUUUAAUAUACAUUUAAUACAACAAUUUACACAAUUAUUUAUCAAAGAUUUAGAAGAAAGACUGAAAGACUAAUAAUCAAGUGGUACUAAAAAUGGGGUGCAAUACAAGUAACGAAGUAAAAAAAGAAGUGCCCGAAUCAGAUACAAAUGGCAAUGACGCGGAUUUAAACGUUGAAGACAGUGAAAAUAAACAAAGUGAGGAUAAAAUUGAAGUGGAACAACAAAAUGAAAAUGAAGAUAUUGAGGAAUUUGAUAAGUCGACAUCUGCGAAAACUGUAACCCUAAAAAGCACCAGACCGAAUUCGGAGACGAGCGCAGCAAGCAUCAAGGCUGAGCUUGGAUCAGAGAACGGACCAGAAACGACAGUGACAAUCGAACAUCAGAACGGCGACUUUCUAGACGUCGAAGAAGCGUUAGCCGAAGAAUUAGCAGCCGCUAAAAUCCAAGCCGCUUUCCGUGGGCACCAGACUAGAAAGAACAUGAAACAAGCCGAUAAUCCAGUCGAAGCUGAGCCCAGCAAGGAGCAGCUGGAGGCCGAAUUCAGAGCCGACGAUGAAGAACUUUGCCACGCCGCAACGAAAAUCCAAGCAUCCUUCCGGGGUCACAUGUCGCGCAAGACAAACGAAGCCGAGAAGCCGGACGAGCCAGCAAACAAUGCGCUCGACGAUGAUGUGGCUGAUAUCGAUCUGACGGACCCAGAUCUAAGCAAGGCUGCGGUCAAGAUUCAAGCGUCCUUCCGGGGUCACAUGGCGCGCAAAGAACACGACAAGUGAACGCCAUGCACCGCCAUGGACGCACCAUUUUCAUGCGGAUCGUCACUCGCCGUUCGCAGCACCAUCGUCGAUUUUCAAUUGUCAACAAUACAAUAACAUGUAACAAGAACUACGCCAUCGGCCCAGAUAAACAAAAACCUCAUCAAAUUUGCCGUUUACCUCACCGUAAUAGAAUGUCUCGCGUAAAUGUUCAUGCUUUACGCGGAGAGCGUACUAUCCGUAUUAUAUUAGAAUACCUUUUAGCAUUGAUGGCAAUACUCUACCUAACGAUUUCUGUAUUGCCGGAGAGUUAUCCAGCGUAUCCGAAGUCGAUGCAAACUUUCGACGAUUUCAAACGAGAAACGGCAUCUCAGCACAGUAACUUUUAGACUUUGCACCUUUACAAACGUAAAAUUUAAUGAGAGUACAUUUUAAAACUUAAAAAAAAUUCAAACUUUCAAACAUUUAACAUUGACAUACAGACCAAAUAUUUUCCAGUCGUACGUUCAUUUCAGUUCAUUGUUCAAUAUUGAGCACUGAGAAAAACAUACAAUCCAAUGCACCUAGCAACUACAAUCCUACUAAAACUAUUUGACGACUUUAUUCCGCAAAUUCCCAAAUAGAAAAAUUAAAUACUUUACAAAUUACUAACAACAUACAAUAUAUACAUAUAUAAUUAUACAAAACAUUUAAGAUAUAAAACAAAUAUAGACAUCUAAACACUUAUUGUGCAAGCACGUUGUUAAAUCCUAUUUGACGAUAAAUAAAUGAAACUCAUUCAAACAUUUGUGGACACACGUAAAAUAAGAAAACAUCGCGAAUUGUCAAUUGAAAAACAACACAUAUUAUACCUGUAUGGUGGACUAAGAGCUACAUUUUAAAACCAAUGUUGACAAACAACCAAGUGUGUCUGAGUGUUUUAUACCUUUACAUUGUGUUGCAAACAUUCCAAUAAUGGUUAAUAUUUAUUGUUAAUACUUAUUUGUAUUAUUGAGUAAUUAAAUCUCUUGUAGUUAGCAAGAAAUUCAUAUGAAUCAUGUUAAUAAUGAGGAUAUGACAUUGUGAUCUCUCUUAUUUUAGUUUGGAGCUUCUUCAACUAAGAUACAAAACUUUUAGAACAGAAUUAAUUGUAAUUUGAUUGAGGUACCUACAAAUAUAUUCAACAACCAUA